UACGUGAUCUGCAGUGUCCAGCCGACGAUUACUUGGCGAGCAGCGCGCAACAUGAAGGUAUUCCUUGGUCUCGCUCUAUUCGCGGCAGUGGCGUUCGCUGAGCCGCCACUUUACCAACCACAACAGCAACAGCAGCAACGAUACUUCUUUGCCCGUCGGCAGGAAGAACAGGUCCAGGCAGCUCCGGGCCCGUACCCCGCCCGAGGCUGGAGACCCGAGGGUCCAGCCUUCAACCUCCCCGAGCGCCAGCAGCAGGCAUCACCUCAAGUCGACAACGCUUACGGAGCACCUGCCCAGCAGCAGUACAGCCCUCCCAGGCCACAGUACGGUCCGCCAAAACCGGCCAGGCAGCAGUACAGUACCCCCAGCCAGCCCCAGGUGUCGGUCUUCAAGCCCCAGUUUGGAGGACAGCAGCAGUACACCCAACCCCAACAACAGUUCAGACAACCCCAACAGCAGCAGUACAAUAGCCAACCCCAGUCGCAGUACGGCGCCCCCGAGUUUCGCACCGAGUCCACCCAGGACAUCGAAGAGCCCACCACCGUCGGCCCGCUCGCCGAGUCCGAGUCCGCCGUGUCCCCGAGCUCCGCGAGCGAGUUCGAUGAGGACGAGGCAGAGCUCAACGAGGGCCAGGACGACGCCGCGGCGCCCCGCCAGCAGCAGGACCAGCAGGAGCGGGGCGAGUACUACGUGGCCCUGCCGGACGGUCGAUUGCAGCGCGUGCGCUACGUCAGCCGGCAGGACGUGGAGGCCAUGCGUUACUUCGCGAAAAUCCGGGCGGAGAACGUCGAGCCCCUCCGCGGGCCCAUCUACGCUUACUCGCCCCUCCAGAAGCUCGAGGUCACCCCGGGCGCCCUUACGCUGGGCGGCGGCGUGACCUCCCUCGCCGAGGAGCUGGACCCGAACACCCUCACGGCCACGAUGCACGAGAGGCGGCCCGAGAAGCUGGUGGACGCGCCCAAGGUCGACGUAAAGCCCCUCGCUCAGCUCCAGAUCCAGCACGACGCCCCGCAGCCCGUCGUGCCCCUCAGCUCCGGUUACGCCGCCUUUACGGCCGACUACCGGGUACCAGCGGCCCCCCAGGAGAGGUUCAUCCUCGCUCUGCCUUAGAUCAGCCUCCCUCUCCGAGUGUGGCUCCCGGGGAAGCUGCUCCCGCCGAGUCCAUCUGUUUUCCUUGUUUUCUCAACCCCCCCCCCUUCC